AUGCCGCGCAGACAGAGCACGAUACAGAGGACUCCCCCGCUUCCGGACCUGCAGCACCAGACCCUGCUGACGCUCCAGGCGGCCGACGCCGCGCGGCGGGCGCAGGAGGCUCGAGACGCCGAGCGCGAGCGCCGGCGGCUGGAGCUGGAGAGGGCGCGGGCGGAGCGCCUGGCUGCGAAGCAGGCCGCGGAUGCGGAGGAGGCGCAGGAGCGCGCGGAGGCCGCGCUGCGGAAGCAGCAGGAGGCGGCCGCGCGCCGGAAGCAGCAGCUGGAGGCGGGGAAGGGCGGCGCCGGCCCCAAGAGGAAGGAGGUGGCCCUGGCAUUUGGCGCGGCCCUGCCGCCCGCGACCGCCGACGCCGUGCCGAGACAUGCCUCGCAGGCAGCGGCUCAGCAGGCCAGGCCGGCGCUGCACAAACCCGACAGGGAGAACGAGGGCCCCAAUCCCAGCACGGCGGCGCUACCAGGCGCAGCACCGACUGCCGGCGCCGCGGCGGUGCCUGGCGCCGCGAAACCCCUGAAGAAGAUCCUGUACAACGGGCAGCAGGUACACAGCGAGGCGGGCCCCGCCAAGCUGAGGCUGGCCCCAGCCGCACUGCCUCAGGGUGCGCAGCCGCAUGGUGUGGGGCUGACGGCCGGGGCCAACCUUCAGUCGCAGGGUCUGGCCCCUGCAGCUUCCAGACCCCUGCUCCAGGCUGCCCAAGCGCAGGGCCCACCCCCUGGGUCCAGCACCUCUACGCUGGUCCAGAAGCAGCCGGGGUCACCUGGAGCGGUGCCCCGUGCCAGCAGCGCCGGGUCUCGCCAUAACUACGAGAUCUCACCGUACAAGAGUGACGACAGCUCCGACGACGAGGAGCCUCAGAAGCCGGUGCCUGAAUGGGCGCGCGGCAAGACACACCUGGAUCCAGACCUCAUCUUUCAGCAACAGCACAAGACCUGCUCUCUGGACGAGGUUUUCGACACGUCCAAGAGCAGUGGUCGGAACCUGAACAGACGGACGAGCACAGGCAACUGGGCGGGGGACCGUCUCACAUGGCAAGAGGAGAUGCGAUACAAGAAGGCCAUGGGUUUUGCAUGA